AUGUCUUCGUCGCGCGCUUCCGUCGCGGCUGCGUCCAAGUCACCUGAGCCCUCCGUGGCAAAGGUGCAGGAUGACAAGACCGAGACUGCCGUCGCCGACGGAGUCUCGCCAGGCUCGGGCAAGAUCUCGAAGGCUGAAUCCGGAGCCAAGGAUGACGCAAGCACGGCUUCUGCAGAGGAAAAAACCAAGGCAAGAGAUGACCCUCCUGUGCCUGACGAGCCGACUCCUGAUGGACCUCCGCUUCCCAACGAACCGGCCCCCGAGACCGAAGACGACGGCUGGGAUUGCCAGUGGGAGCCCGUUUCCCAGGCGUGGUUCUUCUACAACCGCCACACCGGCGUCUCCCAGUGGGAGAACCCGCGUGUCCCUGAAGCCACUUCGGCCGGCGCAGGCUAUGCCGCAGCUCCUGCCGCUGACAAUUUCGCGGCGCCCGUCAACGAGAGGCCUGCUGCGGGCGGCUACAACCCUGCUGUCCACGGUGACUACGAUCCCAACGCCUGGUACGCACAAGCCUAUAACCAAGAGAAGGAGGAGCAGGAGGCCGCUGCUGCCGCUGCCGCUGCUUACAUGGACCCCUCGGCCGCGUACGGCGAGGCAGUGGGCUUCAACCGCUUCAAUGGGCAGUUCCAGGCUGCCGGUGCGGGCCCCAACCGGCACAGCGACGAGGCAAAGUCCCGCCGCCAGAUGAACGCCUUUUUUGACGUCGACGCUGCCGCCAACGCCCAUGACGGCCGCAGCCUCAAAGCUGAGCGCCAGAACCAGAAGCUCACCAAGUCGGAGCUUAAGGCUUACAAGGAAAAGCGCCGCGCCAAGAAGGAAGAGAAGCGUCGCGCGUGGCUCCUGGAUUGA